AUUUUUACUAAUACUGUUUGUAUUGACUGUAUUUAAAGCAAAAUUUCAAAUUGGGUGAAUUUUACCUUUUCUUUAUCUUUAUUUUAUACAUUACUAUGUCUCAACAACAAUAUGGCUAUAUUGGUUUAGGUGCUAUGGGUAAAAGUAUGGCUGGUCAUAUUGCCAACAAGCUUGCCUCUUUAAACCAUCCUCCUCUUUUGGCAUACAACCGUACACAAGCACGCGCCGAGGAUCUUAAAAAGACACAUCCUGUAGAAGUAGCCACUUCUUUGGAACAAAUUGCUGCUUGCCCAGUCAUCUUUUCUUGUCUGUUGAAUGAUGCUGCUGUGAAGGACACAGUUGGUACACUUAAGCCUCAUUUGAAAUCAGGUACUAUCCUUGUCGAGUCGUCUACUAUUAGUCCUACAUUAGCUACUGAACUGGCUGCUGAACUAAAAGACAUUGGUGUUGUUUACUUGGCUUGUCCUGUCAUGGGCCCUCCCGUCAAGGCUGCCUCUGGUGAUUUGGUUGUCUUGAUGGCCGGUGGUUCUCAACAAGUGCGUGAACAAAUUCUUCCUUUAUUGAUUCCCGUGAUUGGUAAAAAAGUGAUCGAACUCGGCUAUGAAAAUGCAGGGGAAUCUUUACGCCUCAAGUUGUGUGGCAAUUACUUUAUCAGUAGUGUGGUUGAAAUGAUUGCUGAAGGAAUGACUUUGGGUGAAGCUGCUGGUGUUGGUCAAGAUAAAGUGAAGGAUUUAUUAGAUGCUGUCUUCCCCAAUACAUUGCUGGGUGUCUAUGCUGGACGUAUGUUGAAUAAUACCUAUCGUGAUCAAAUUGCUUUCCCUAUCUCUACUGCAAAGAAAGAUAUAGGUCAUAUCAUGAACAUGGCCAAGGAAUCUAAUGCCAAAUUGCCCAUUACUGAGGCAUUUUUGGAAAAUGCAGAUGCAGUUCAAUCCAAGUAUGGUGACUUUGACUUGUCCUCUGUGGUUGGAAACUUGAGAGAAAAGGCCGGUCUUGAUUUUGAUCUCAAGAAAUAAUUGUUGCAUAAAAGUAAAAAUUUACGCAGUACAAAUAAA